GCUUUAAAAACGAAACAAAAUACCAACAACAACGAAAAGGUGUCCGGUCGGGUUAGCGUCGCGAAUUCGAAGAAAAAUUAAAAUUCCCAUAAUAAACAUGGCUGGUGAUUAUAUGAGGCAGAAAUUGACGUCGUUUACAGAAGCUGUAUUUCCAACUCGAAAUGCUGUAAAGCGCCAGCAUCAUAUGCUAAAACCUGGCAAUGAGCUAGUUUCCAGCUUACCGCUUCAGGUUUCUCUCUACUUCAAUGCCUUCUUCUUCCCAAUCUGGGUUGUAACCUGUGUGAUUAUGCUGCAAUUAAAGUUUGCCCAUCUGAAUCAGAUCUAUCAGUUUAUCAGCAUCACCAUGUAUGUAGUACUGACCGGUGUAGAGAUCAUCAGGCUUUACCUUGGCUACCUUGGUAACUUACAGGAAAGGGUACCAGAGCUUGCAGGCUUUUGGCUUUUGACUCUUAUUCUCCAGUUCCCGCUUGUCCUCUACCUGCUCGUCGACUCAAGAGCAAUGCCAUUCCCCAUUGAGCGAGCUGUCCACGUCAUCUUCAUACUCUUCCUUGCAUUCGAUAUCAUUGCGGGUUUCUUUGCUCUGAAGCGCAUGACCCAGCAUCAGGUAAUGAAGUUCCAUCUGCAGCAGUUUGAUGAUAUCGAAUUGAUGGAAGAUACUCCAGGAAGGUUUAUGAACUCACCCAACAUAACAACCCAAAGAUACAAACCUCUUAGGUGACAUGAAGUAGGAGCGAUGUAAUAAACUGAAAUAUUAGGGGUCAAGAUGUCAAUGAGAGUUCUCUGAGGUGACUCGACCAUCUUAAGAAGUAAAAGAUGAGAUUUGAUGACAUCCAGCUGAUUUCAGAUACUCCCAGGAAGGUUAAUGAACUCUCAAGAUAACGACACAAAGAUACCAACCUCUAAGGUUACUUGACCUGGGCGGACUGAAGAGAACUAAAGUCUCAAAUUCAAAGGUGAGAUUUAAAUGAUAUUGGGAUGGUGGAAGAUACUCUAGGGAGGCUAUGGAAUUUGCCCAACAUAACAACAUAGAGAUACAAACCACUAAAAAUUGAUGUGACCUAGAUUUGAUGAAGUGAAUUUGAAGUUAGGUCAAAGAUGAAAGUUUGUCAAUAUAAAGGUGAUGUAAGGUAUUCCAUUGAGAUAAGUGGUAUUGCCCAAUAUAUCAACCCCCUUUUAAAAACCUCUUUGGUGACCUGACCUUGGUGUAGUAAAGCAAUUAGUGGUUAGUUCAUGACAGCCUUGGAGUUGAUGACAUCCAGCUGAUUUCAGAUACUCCCAGGAAGGUUAAUGAACUCUCUCAAGAUAAUGACACAAAGAUACCAACCUCUAAGGUUACUUGACCCGGGCGGACUGAAGCGAACUAAAGUCUCAAAUUCAAAGAUGAGAUUUUAAUGAUAAUGGGUUGGUGGAAGUUACUCUACGUAGGCUAUGGAAUUUGCCCAACAUAACAACAUAGAGAUACAAACCACUAAAAGUUGAUGUGACCUAGAUUUAAUGAGGUGAAUUUGAAGUUAGGUCAAAGAUGAAAGUUUGUCAAUAUAAAGGUGAUGUAAGGUAUUCCAUUGAGAUAAGUGGUAUUGCCCAACAUAGCAACCCCUCCUUUAAAAACCUCUUUGGUGACCUGCCCUUGGUGUAAUAAGGCAAUUAGUUCAUGACAGCCUUGGUUCAAGAAGUCCAUAUACAUCACAAAAUGACUGCAUUGUCAGAAAAUUGAAUCUCACAAUAACAAUUGAGGUAAUUUUAUAACCAUCCAGAGAAAUGAUUUGUUUCAAUUUUGAUUAAAUUUACCUUAUUUUACAGCAGUAGUCUUAAGGUCACUUUGCACAUGAGCAUGUGUGUGAUAUUGAUGGUCUUUACUCUGUCGUGAGAGUUGCUAAAAAUUUUGCAUGCAUACAUUCAAGGCAAUGGCAGAGAUGGUCACAUUACCUUCUGGCAAUCAUUAUGAGGAUGACUCUGUAAAUUAUUAUUCUCUAGGUGCUUUCAUGCUGACCCUUCUAUCACCCCAAGGCCUCGGGGUGAUAGAAGGGCAGGUAUGAAAAGCACAGAGAGAGAAAGUGAUGAUUUCCAGUGUCAGCCGAAUACAAAGUAGUCCAUAUUUGUUUUGUAUUUGUCAUUGUCCAUAUUCUUACAGUCCAUAUUUGUUUGAUAUACCUCAUCUCAUAACUCUAGACCCAGGGGCGAACUGGUAUCUACUUUAGGACAAUUCACUAAAGCACUUUGUAAUUUAAACAAACUGCCCUGCUGCUGGUCAAUGCAACCAAUGUUUGCAUAUGACCGAGAAGCAGCAGCCAGCUAGUGCACGCGCACAUAACACAACUCUUGGCCUAGUCUUCAAAGGUUAUGUGUUCUAUCACAGGGUUUGGGGUGAAGCAAGUCAAAACCCUGAGAUGAUGAUAAACAGAAGUACACCGUAUCACAGGAUAUAGUUUUGACCAAGAAUAAGAAUAUUAUACACUCGGCAAAAAAGUUCUUGGACACUUAAAAAACUUAAAAUAUUUCAUAUAGAUAUUUGAUUAAAGGCAAAUUAUGGUAUGUCAACAUGACCAGACAUUUUCAUGUUAAAAGUCAUGCAUGGGCGGUUAAAUGCUUUAAACAAUAGCAAUGUCAGUAAAAGAAAAUUGCAAGAAAUGGAUCAGUCAGUGCAUGGCUAUUUACAGGCAUUAAACAAUAGCAAUGUCAGUAAAAGAAAAUUGCAAUAAAACGAUCAGUCAUUCUUUCAGUUGUGAAAGUUUAUGUGGCAUAAAUAUCCAUUAAAUGAUAAAAGCAAACUUAAAGUCAAAUACCACUCUAAAAGAGAAGAGAAAGUUAUUCACCUUGGAUGCAUCACUAUUCCACUGGAAUUUUAAGUCAAAGUUAGUCAAAAAAAUGUCAAAUUUCAGUAUCUUGGCAUAAGCAAAAGAAAAUUAAAUAUCUCGUUUGUCCACCCUGGCUCUGAAUGAGUGCAGCACAUCGACGUCACAUGCUUGUCACAAGUCGGCGAAUUCGCUCUGGGGUGAUGUUGUCCCAUUCUUCCAGGAGAUAACGCCGGACAUCUUGAAGAGUGUCUCCUGGUUGAAUUCUUUGAUUGACCGAUUUUCCUAGCUAAUCCCACAAGUGUUCAAUCGGGUUCAUGUCUGGUGAACAAGCGGGCCAUGGAUCCAAGCGCUGAACAUUGUGGUCAUCCAGAAAUCUUUGGACAAUGUUCGCUCGAUGGGGACAACCCCCUGUUGAAAUUGUUGAUUGUAUGCCUACAGGAUGGCCAUGAUCAUUUUGAAUGGUCCAUUUCUUGCAAUUUUCUUUUACUGACAUUUCUAUUGUUUAAAGCAUUUAACCGCCCAUGCAUGACUGUUAACAUGAAAAUGUCAUGUCAUACUGGAAGAGGAAUAUUGUCUGGUCAUGUUGACAUACAAUAAUUUUCCUUUAAUCAAAUAUCUAUAUGAAAUAUUUUAAGUUUUCUAAGUGUCCAAGAACUUUUUUUGCCAAGUGUAUAAUAUACAAAUUCACCAGGCUUUGAGAAAUUAUAUAGUAUUCUGAAUAUGGACCAUUUGCAGUAUUUGAACAAUAGGAAUAACAUGCUAUUAUCACCUUAUUUUAUCUUAUCUUAAAUUAUAUCAAUGAAUGUUCUCAUUAUACAUUGAAAUGAUGUAAUAUGACUGAUAUUUCCUAGUUUUAUCUGGGGUUUCAUGAAAUUAUUUAUUUAUGCCUUGGAUUCAUACAUUCCAGUCGAUUUUCACUAAUCAUUGUAAAUAUAUUUGUGUAAAUAUGUGUAAUUUAUAACAUAUAUUUGAUCCCCCAUUUUGUAAAAUUUGAAAUGAGGAAUUAGUGUUUUGAAUAAAUGUCUUAUAUCACAAUGAUGACUUUAAAAUUC